GAGCCUAUGUGUAACAGAAUAAUAAAAACGAUAAGUACACUAUUAGGGCGUUUGUAUAAGGUUUUCCAUGCAAUUGUGCGUUUUGUAUGUUGGUUUUAUUUUCUUUUUAUGUUAAAUACUAAAGUUAUUAUGUCAACAUUUUGAUCUCUUGCUAAUAAAAUAAAAUAUAUGGUCACAUUGAAGUAUAAAAGCAUGUAAUACCGCAAACCAAGGCAUUAGUCCACUGGGUUUUCACAUCAAGUGCACUUCUCCGAAGAAGCUUUAUUACAUAAAAGAUAAAUAAUUUGAUAAUACAUUUUAUUUUUAAUAUGAAAAUUAUUAGUUUUGCUUUGGUUUUUGGUUGCCUGAUUGCUAGUAUCAAUGCAGGGAUACUUGCACAUCCUGUUGCGGAGCUAAUUGAAGACAAUCAACCACAAUAUGAAUUCCAUUACUCAGUACAUGACAUCCAUACCGGAGACGUGAAAGAUCAGUUCGAACACCGUCGUGGUGAAUAUGUAACUGGUCGUUAUUCAUUAAUUGAACCUGAUGGUCAACGUCGUGUGGUCGAUUACAGCUCAGAUCCUUUGUUGGGUUUCACUGCACAAGUGCGUCGAGAAGCACCAGAAAUUCAUGGCCUACUCGUUGCCGCACAUCCUGCUGUAAGUGGAAGUAAAGUUAUUGAACAGUGGCCAGCACCAGCACAUCGUCGUUAAAAAUUUGACUC